AUGAAAAGACGAAAUCGUACCGUUGCAUUCAUUCAUUCAUUAUUUAUCAUGGAUAAAAAGAAAUCAACAACAGCGACAGCAAGUAGCUCCUCCUCUGCCACUACAAAUAAACCCAACAAGUCAUCAUCAGUAUCAUCAUCUUCGUCUGCUGCUAGUGAACAAACAGCAGCCACCACCAAUAGUAGCAGUAUUGCUGCGCUGCCUCGUCGCUGUCGUCGUAUUCUACAAAAUUUUCUCCUCAUCUGGCUUGAUACUAAUAUUGACGAAUCGAAACAAGACUUUAAAAAUUCAUUAACACAACUAAGGCAUCUUGUGGCCUCAAUCACGACAUUUACUGAUGCUAAAGAAUGUGUUAAUUUUCUUAGCAAAAUUCAGAAAGAAAAAGUAUUUAUGAUCGUUUCUGAUUCAUUGGGACGGCAUAUCGUACCGGAAAUUCAUGAAUGGCCAUAA